UGGAAAUCUUUCACUCCCCCUGCCUGGGCAGAGGCUUCUUGUAAAGACACUUUAAAGACAAUCCCUUAUGUCCCUUAUAUCUCCAGAGCAGCUACAGUUGGGAUCCUGGACCAUUUAUUUUCUACGGGGAAGCAUUUAUUGUUUUUUUAUUGUCUUCAUUUUUCUAUGACUACAAAUCCCAAAGUGGGAUCAAGGAUUCCUUUCUCUGCCUGAAAACACUGGGGGUGAAGCACAUUUGAAAGAAAGGCUGGACUAGACGCAAGCUGAUGGACGGAGGCGGACGAUCCUUUGUUUUACAUAUAGUGGUGCUGUGCUUGACACAAUGUUACAACUCACAUGCAGACAUUCUACAAGGCCCCAGUAAUGUCACCGUGCUUGCUGGUUCCAACGCCAGCUUUGUGUGCACUGUUGACAAAGGGUGGCAAAGUCUAACCUGGUUUAUUAAUGGCAUUUUCUCUGUCAGUAUAACGCCGACUUCGGGGACUGUCGUGCAAAACCCACAAAUCACAGUGACCAACAGCACAAACACUGGGAAUGAAGCCUUCACCUCUCAAAUUACAAUUAUCAAUGUUUCCUAUUCUAACUCAGGAAUGAUCCAGUGCAACGUUUUAGAGGUUGUUCCAAAAGAUGCAUAUCUUACAGUGCAAGUCGAUGGUUCGUUGAAAAUAACCAAUGGCAGUAUUACCACAACACCAAACUCUACUGUAUACCUUGCUUGCGAAUUCUUAAACUGGUUCCCAGUUCCUCUUAUUACAUGGCAAUUAAACAAUACGGACGUUAGCAAUUCACAAUAUAUCACUGACUUUGUUAGGGGAAGCGAUAAUCUGGUCAGUGGAACAAGCAUGUUGAGGAUAACUGCUCAAGACAAUGUUAUUGUGACUUGCUUAGCCAACAUAGACAAACUCCCCGCACCCAAGUCUACAUCCGUGGAUCUUACAAUAAAGGAAAGCACCUCCGGUGGAUCAAUGGAUAAAACGACAAUUAUAAUUAUCGCAGUCACCGUGUCACUCGGUUGUUUGCUCAUUUUGAUUAUCAUCAUUGUGACCAUUGUAUGCUGCCGCAAAAAGAAAAAAAGAGAACCAAGCUAUGGUGACAGGUGGAAGACCUCACAGCAAAAUAGUGAAUAUUUGAGAAGAAUGGAGGACAGAGGUUUUGGUGAAAACAAUUCUGCCUAUACACCAGAACCUUCACCGUUACCAGACAAUUCGUUUAUUGAAUCUAAUGGUUACUCUGAGAUCAUUUCUAACAGAAUUCCUCAAUCACAGGUUUCUGUAAGUGGGGAUUCGGAUACACAAAGCAGAAAGAUACGACAUUUAACACUUGUCUAAAUGUCCUCAUUCAGAAAUAUUGUGACUAAAAUGAAGAAAAGAUACCCAUCCAUACAUCAUGAACCAAUAUUUACUCAACACGUUAUUUUUCAAAUAUGAACAAACUCAAAAAAAUUGGAUUUCAAUUCUAGGGGAGAAUUGAUUUCAAUUGGUAUGGAAUGUUUACAUAUCACAAGAAACAAGCUUUUGUAUUUAUUUUUUAUUAAUGCUACCAGUCUAGAUAUGAUAGCAUUGAGAUGAUAUAUUUUAAUGAAUGGCACAUUUUCAAGGCAUGGAAGCUGAACUUAAAAACAAACCCACUCACCAAUAUUUAAACUAAUAUAUUACCACACAACAAAAAAACAGUGAAUCACUUCUUUCACAGCACUUUGUUUCUAUGUUUCUAUACAAAGAACAAGAAGUCAUGAAGAAUUUGAGAAAGAAGAUUUCACCUAGUGAAAAGGAAAGGGUUAGUUACAAUAAGAAGAAGAAAGCUUCAGAAUCAUCUGCCCAGAUAUUUACUAAAGUGAGAAUUCAAUGUGAAUUUUAAGGUGAAUUUUCAAUUUAAAGUCAGAGUAGCUGAGCUGAAAGCAUAGCUGUCUUAGAAUAUGUUUCCAUUUCUGCUUUUAUACUAAUUAGAAUUAGCUCUAAAAUUGGUCUAGGUCUUCAC